AUGAAGUACGUCCAACUUGGAUCAAGCGGGCUGCGCGUCUCGCCCAUCUGCGUGGGCUGCAUGAGUUACGGCAGCCCCGAGAAACGCUUCGACUGGGCACUAGGCGAAGAAGACGCGCUCCCCGUGCUGGACCACGCCUACCGAUCGGGGCUCAACUUCUUCGACACGGCCAACGUCUACUCGAAUGGCGACUCGGAGGUGAUUCUCGGCAAGGCGAUCAAGAAAUACAACUGGCGGCGCGAAAACAUCGUCAUCGCGACCAAGUAUCCCCUUUUCCUGUCCAACGAGGAACGCGACAAUGCCGGCUACGUGAACGAGUACGGGCUCAGUCGGAAGCAUAUCUUCGAUAGUAUUGAGGCGAGCCUGAAGAGGUUGGAUCUGCCGUAUGUUGAUCUGCUGCAGAUCCACCGGUUUGAUCCCAACACGCCUGUGAAGGAGACGAUGGAGGCGUUACAUGAUGUCGUCAAGUCGGGUAAGGUGCGGUAUAUCGGGGCGUCGUCGAUGUGGGCGCACCAGCUGCUGGAGUAUCAGUAUACGGCGCGUAUGAACGGAUGGACGGAGUUCAUUUCCAUGCAGAAUUUCCACAACCCUAUCUACCGGGAGGAGGAGCGGGAGAUGUUCCCUGCGUGCGCCAAGUUCGGGAUGGGUGCGAUACCGUGGAGUCCGCUUGCGAUGGGUUUCUUGACCCGGCCAUGGAAAGCGUUUGAGGAAACCACGCGGGGGAAAUCGCUGAAUGGCAAAGUAAUGGGCCAACCGUUUACCGAAACGGACAAGAAGAUCAGUGAGACGAUAGAGGAGAUUGCCAAUAAACGCGGUGUGUCGAUGACCAUAGUGAGUCUUGCCUGGUCGUUAUCGAAGCCAUUCAUCACCGCGCCGAUUGUGGGUUUGAGCAAGAAGGAGAGAGUCGAUGAGGCGAUUCAAGCAAUCGACUUCAAGCUCACCGAGGAGGAGAUCAAGAGUAUUGACGAUCUGUAUCAACCUAAGAAGGUCAUAGGCCACCACUAG